UCUACGAGCACACGAAAACGGCAACUGGCACGAAACCAUACCGCUCGUUCUUUUAGGGGCGAGAACGAGUUUAAAGGCAGAUAUCCAAUGUUCCGCCACUGAACUUGUAUACGGCACGACAUUGCGUCUGCCCGGAGAAUUCUUCACACCACGGAGCAGACCUAAUUUCGGUAAAUCAGACUACGUCCAUCGACUGUCUGCAUUUAUGCGAACGCUGUCUCCGGUGUCAACUCGAAUACAACAUCGACAGGUCGCUCUCCCUCGAGAGUUAUCUACCUGUUCACAUGUUUUUGUACAAGUAGAUUCGGUACGCAAACCUUGGCAACAACCUUACGAAGGCCCUUUUCACGUGAUCGCUCGUCACGAAAAGACCUUCAAGGUUGAUCGAUAUGGACGCGUCGAGAUCGUCAGCAUUGAUCGUCUCAGACCAGCACACGUCGAUGACAGUGCCCUAUCUGACACCCUGAGAUUCAAUGCUAGACCUAUUAAACCUAGCGGGAUCCUUAAAUCUUCUUCAGGUCCCACGCUAGAUGCAUCUGAGACCUCAUUCUCACGUCCCGGUCAACAGCACGCGUCAUCUGCACCGUCUACGGACGAGACGACAGUCUCACGUCCAGAUCAGCAGACCACGCCGCCUCUGACCUCGGAUGAGAUUGCAGGCUCACGAAAUACGAACGAGACUGCCGUCUCACGUUCCGGUCGCCGAGUACGGUUACCCGUACGCUUCCUCGAUUAGUCGCACAGUCGACAACCGAUACGGUGUAGGAUUAUUCCUAUACUACACGUAUGCUACACUCUUCUUUUUUUGAUUUUCUUUUUGUUUCCUGAGCCCACGCCUUCGACCAUCCCCGUUUGGUUCCGUCGACUUCAGUCAACUUUGGCGAAAGCUGGCCUGAUCACCCAUGCUCUUGUCAACGCACUCAGUCGAUAUAUUGGUUUCGAAUGCUUGGCACACGCUUGGUCACGAACUUGGUCGUAACGGUCGCUUCUGGUCUUUUGGCUCAACGUGGUUUCGUCCUACGUCUGCAGCGUUUCUGGUGCGCACCUCUACGAACGCCCUCUUCAGAUUCUGGAUACAAACCACUCUGGUGUAGCAUGCCAACUCAAGCAAUAAAUACAGCACAUCGCACCUGGUACCGUUCUCCGAAAACGACCUUCGUUGGCAACUCGACGAUCAACGAUCGCUUUCCUGUUCGCCAAUCUUUCCGUCCUACAAUCGCUCGUCAGCCGAUCAGUCCCACGAUUCAAACCGCUAUUUAUCGAAAGUGUUAACCCUUUCUAGUGGGGGGCUCCUGUAGUGACUCACAUUUAUCACGAGAACACGACUGGUUUAAUAAAAACAAUUAUUAUUAUAACCAAGUGUACCAGUGACUGUUUUAACGUGCUUUUGUUUGACUGUGCUAAUGACAGCUAUUUUCUACUUCCAUUCUUUUACACACACUUUAAUUGUAACUUCGCGUGAAUUCGGUUACGUUCUGUAACCAAGCUUGUAUCCUGGCACGAUCUCGGUAUCCUUUCGAUGCCACGAGAUCGCCAGCUAAUAAACCUCGACUUGGUCCAUUAAUUGCCUUCUGGUAUUCGGCUUCUCGGGGAUUUUAUGGAGUCAUUUGGAACGAGCUUCUGAUUUAUCUGGCACGUGUUUCUUGGUAGUGGUGUUCAUAGUUAAUCUCGACUCGACGCCACGCUACAAUUGGUAAUCCCAAUUCGACUACAAAUCUAAGCCUUACGAAGAACGCCUCCGUUCACUAGACCUUUACCCACUAGAAUAUAGGCGUCUUAGAGGUGAUUUACUAAUGGCUUAUAGUAUUCUUAACACUUCUGGACAUCCUCUUAAACACCUACUUAAGCUUAGUUCGAAUAAUAACCUAAGGGGUAACACCCAGAAACUGGAAACACAACAUAGCAAGACGGAAUGUAGACACAACUUCUACUCCUUAAGAGUUGUCAAAAGCUGGAAUUCGCUGCCGGCCGAGCUAGUCCAAGCGACUUCUCAGGAGUCCUUCAAGAGGCAACUUGACCUAUUCUUAAGGACCAAGGACAGCAUCACAUUAUGAUUUACCAAUUUCUUUUCCUUUUUUAUUGUUAACAUACCUAGGUUCCUGCCUGGAGGAUUUGGUGAUCCCCUGCUACUAGACACGGAAGCCUGUUAAGCGAAAGCUUCUUCUAUUCCGUCCACAACCAUUUGAACCAUUUGAACCAUUUGAAUCCCAAAAACCCGCUGCCAUCAGACUUCUGAAGGUCGAUCGCUUUAGGUCUAAGUAACUGCUUUCUAACUUGUUGCUGCUACUCCGCUUGAUUCCCAAUAGAAUCUUCUGCUUUUUCUAGUACACGUGCACAAGUGCACCACGUAUAUGAUACACAUAUAGAUAAUAUUAUGUCUAUGGAUUAAUUGUAAUUGCCUGUACCAACUGAAGGACUGGUCUGAAACGUCCGCACGUGUAUAUGUAUCAGACAGUACGAAGAUUCUCAAAGAUAUUUUUACAAAACAAUAACAACUUUAGGGCUUAAUGUCUGCUGUAGUUACUAACUUUUCUCCGGUCUCCAACAAAUUUACUGUUGCUCUAUGUGUACUGAAUCAGUGGGCGCUUGACUUUAGUGGAAAUACUAGACGUGUAAUCGAAAGUAUUAAAACUGCUAAACGCUUGGGGGCUAAGUAUAGAGUUGGCCCAGAACUAGAGGUCUCAAGUUACGGAUGUGAAGAUCAUUUUCAUGAAUUGGAUACCUAUACUCAUUCAUGGCAAUGCAUUGCAAAAAUAUUGAGUGAAACAAAUGAAAAUGUUGAAAUGCAAGAUAUUGUUUGUGAUAUUGGAAUGCCAGUUUUACUGAGAGGUGUGGCUUAUAACUGCAGAAUUCUUUUGUUAAAUGGGACUAUUCUAUUGAUACGACCGAAAUUAGUCCUCGCAGAUGAAGGUUUGCACAGAGAGUCUCGUUGGUUUACGCCUUGGCCUCAUCACCAGAGAAUCAUUGACUUUGAGUUGCCCGAAAUAGUCCAGAAAGUAACCAAGAAUUCUCAGUCAGUAGCAGCUUUUGGUGAUGCUAUUUUACGAUUUUCUGGAAAUGGCUAUUCUGAAUGUGUACAGAUAGGCUUGGAAACAUGUGAAGAGCUUUGGACGGGAACACCACCUCAUAUUGAUAUGUAUGCGGCUGGUGUGGAUGCUGUGCUCAAUUCCAGUGCCAGUCACCAUGAACUGAGAAAACUAAGUAGAAGAAUAGAACUAGUGAAAUCUGCCAGCACAACGAAUGGUGGUGGGUUCUAUGCGUAUACAAAUCUUAGAGGAUGCGAUUCUGGGAGAGCUUGUUACGACGGUUGUGCAUUAGCCGCAGUUUCCGGUCAGCUAAUUUGUCUGAGCCCACAGUUUGGAUUUGGGGAUGUCUCUGUUGAAACUGUCACUGUUUGUCUGAAUUCACUGAGAUCAAAGCGAAUUGCCAGUCGUUGUUUUGGGCGUGCGGCUGCAGCUAGUGCAGCUGCGAAAUCCGAUGCAUUUGGCAUUACACACAGUUGUUAUCCAGUUGUUAAGGUUGAUUUCAAUCUUUGCCAUAUUGACCAUUGGCCUGAUCAGUCCUUACAGCCUCACGUUGAUACUCAUAUUCCCUCACCUCCAGAAGAGAUUUCUUAUGGUCCUGCAUUAUGGUUAUGGGACAAUUUACGCCGAAGCAAGUCUUCAGGAUUUUUUCUUUGCCUGAGUGGAGGUUUGGACAGUGCAGCAGUUGCGUGUAUUGUGUUCAGUCUUUGUAAUCAAAUUUUUCAAGCUAUAAGACAAGGUAAUAUGUCCGUUACGCACGAUUUACGAACUCUAUUGAAUGAGUCGGAUAAAUAUAUCCCUGAUAGUGGUCGUCAAUUAUGUUCUCGUCUACUAACAACUUGUUUUAUGUCAAGUGAGAACAGUUCUGCGCUUACAAGAUCACGUGCUAAUCGCUUAGCUAAACUUUUAGGUUCAAAUCAUUUAGAAUCCGAUAUUACACCACUGGUAAAAGAAUUUGUCCAUAUGGCUUCCAAGACUUUGAAUCUUGCUCAACCACCUCGUUUCACUGUUCAUGGCGGUUCAAGUAAAGAGAGUUUAGCUCUUCAAAAUAUACAAGCUAGAAGUCGUAUGGUUUCAGCAUAUUUACUGGCUCAGUUAAUACCAUGGAAAUGGAAUUUGCCGUCAGGUCUGUUAGUUUUAAGUAGUGCAAAUCUAGAUGAAGGACUAAGAGGUUAUUUAACAAAGUAUGACUGUUCUAGUGCAGACUUAAAUCCUAUUGGAAGUAUCAGUAAGUCAGAUUUACGAUUGUUUAUUGCUCACUGUGCUCAAACGUUCCCAAGUUAUAUGGAUUCUGGAAGUGGAGUUGAACUUUCGGAAGUAUUGUUAGAAAUCUUAUCUGCUCACCCAACAGCUGAACUAAUGCCACUUCAAUCUAACGGUGAAAUUAGUCAGACAGAUGAAUGUGAAAUGGGAUUGACCUAUGACGAAUUAUCAUUAUUUGGUAGACUUAGAAAAAUAUCCAACUGCGGACCUUACAGUAUGUUAGAAUCAUUAUUGGACGGUAGUUGGUUACUGAUUAAGAAGGUUAUGCCUGAUAGUUGUUUUCAAAAAGAUGGGAAACCUGGUGCUGAACUUGCUCAAUAUCUUAGCGAAAAAGUGAAAUUAUUUUUUCGUUUUUAUGCUAUCAAUCGUCAUAAGGCUACUGUUUUACCACCAGCUUACCAUACUGAGGCUUAUAGUGCUGAUGAUAACCGGUUUGAUUUCCGUCCGUAUUUAUAUCCUAAUGACUGGAAUUGGCAAUUUACUUGUCUAGAUUUACUGGUAAAGAAAUGGAUAGAACAAUUCGAGUGACUCUAUUCGGAUCGUUUUAUUUAACGACCUGUUUACUGGAACAUUUUUCUGAUCCUAGUCAACCUAUAUCAUUUAGAAUUAUUUACAUAUUUUUCCACAAUCACUGCAGAAUUAUUCUUUAGUGUGAUACUUCCAUAAGUUUUCUUAUGUGAUAGUGUAAUUUCUCUGAACAUUCUGUAUCAUAACUUUAUUAAACCUC